UUUCUCUCUCCGCUCCUUCAGUUGCCACGACCUCGUCGACCAGCUUGAAGGCUUUUGGACCUUCCGCAACUGUCGGAAACUCCGCUGGGAUUCUAUUUCCCCGAUGGGUGGAUCCCUACACGCCGCCCAGGACCUUGGACGCUGUCGAGUUCCAAGACGAUGGCACCUCCGAGCGGGUCGGCGGCAUACAAGAAGAAAGAUGGCACCCUGACCAUGUCGCAGGAUCGCCAGUCGGUCUCUUGGAUCCCGGCGGCUGGUGGUGCAUCGGGAACUAUCACGUUACCCGUGGCUCAAAUCACAAAUUUGCAGCAAACACCCGCCAGCAACCCCAAGGUGAUGCUGAAGAUAUUCGUCCAGCCUCCCAACGCAUCCGCCGGCUCCCCCGAGCAAUACGUUUUCUCCUUCACGGCCGGGGCCAACGCGCGCCCGGAAGCGGAUGCCAUCAAAGAUGCUCUUAGUUCCGCCAUUCAAGCAGCUAAAGCUGGCCAUGCCAGCCCAGCGCCGGCAGCGGGGAGCGGCGAAGGCAUGUCGGCGGCCAUGGCAAUCGCGAAUGCAGUGUCGUCGACGGGCUCGGGGAGGAAUAUGUGGGAUGACGACAAAAAGCUCAAAGCGGAUGUGGAACUACAGCAGGCCCUACUUAAUGCGGACCUCAACUUGAAGCGCAUGCUGAUGGAGUCGCUUACCACGAAACCCGAUACGAUGACCACUCCGCAGUUCAUGUCCCAGUUCUGGUCUACGCGUGUUCAUCUUUUACGGGCUCACGCCAUCGAGAGAGCGCAAACACGAGGCUCCUAUAAUGUGCUGUCGACGUUGAAACCGCGAGUGGAGGAUAACGUAUCGAAGAUGAAUAUUAGCAAGGAGCAAAUCCAGUUGAUCUUCUCGCAGCAUCCCCUCAUCAAGCGUGUCUACGACGAGAAUGUACCGAAGCUUAGCGAGCAGCAGUUUUGGUCUCGCUUUUUCCAGAGUCGUUUGUUCAAAAAAAUGCGAGGGGAGCGCAUCUCGGAGAACGACCCCACCGACCUUGUUCUCGAUAAAUACCUCAAAGCCGAUGAAUAUGGAAAUGUGUCGCGCGAAGCACACGUGCCCAAUUUUCUUGAUUUGGAAGGAAACGAGUUGAACAACAGUCAACGCCGAGGAAACCGGCCGGACCUGGACAUGAGACCGUCUGGGGCGGACAAGGUGCCCAUCAUUCGCUCGCUGAACAGUCUCAGCGAAAAGAUCAUGGCGAAUGUGGCGCCGGCCGAUCGUGACCCGCACGCCCCAAUUGGCAUGGACGAGGAAACGUACAAUGAGCUGCAGCUACGAGAUCUUCGUGGCGACGAACAGCAGAAUCGUAUAUUACUGAACAUCCGGGACCAGAGCCGAUUCUUCUCCUCCAAGUCCAAGGUCACCGAAGACGAACAAAGCCGCCUUUUUGCCAAGCAAGACCCGGAAAAGAUCCUGCGUGACUUGCGCGUCGAGGUCGAGCACAACCUGCCCGAGAACGGGACAGCUCCACUGGGAAAGCUGGUCGAGCCGGACGAGGACAGCGACGAUGACGAGAAGAAGCAACGUCGGCACGUCGGCUCGCGUGCGAAUUUACAACGGGCGUCGACCCAGAUCCUGGACGCGAUUCGCGAUCGUCGCGCGCAGACGGACGUCUCGUCCACCACCGACACCUACGGCCUGUCCUCCAACCUCUACGACCGCCUGAUCCUGACGCAUGCCACGACGACGGAGUUCUUACAUCAGUACUGGCAGGCAUUCCUGUCGGGAAAUUCGGACCGUGCCGGCGAAGUCGCGUCGCUGGUGGAAUCGCUGAAUCGGGCCCAGGCGCGCAUCAAGUCGGUGGCGCAGGAUGCGGAGGCCGAGCGCCAGGUGGAGGUGGAUCGACUCAAGCGACAUGCACGCGAAGUGCUCGACGCCACGGGAAGGAAAAUCCGACUGAAUCUGGCGGGAGUGCCGGGGGGAGAGAAGGCAGUCAAUCGGCUGCUGGGGCCCACGAUCCAGGCAUUGGAGACGGCGUUGACACGAUAUCACGCGGCGUAUGCGGAGGAAAUGAAAGAGAUGCCCCCGACCACAUAAAAGGAGUCGUUAGAAACCAUGUACUGUACCAUAGAGCUUGCGAAGAAGCAAUCCGAAUCUGAUUAUUGGCGAG